AUGCAGAAUCCUAAUAUUCAAUAUCGAUUUGAGUACGCAAUUGAACAGGGCGAGGAGGACUCGUUAGAUAAUGGGGAAUGCUGGCAUAAUUUGUUCAGAAACCCAAUUUUAGUGAAAGGAUUCCCGGUACUUCGCAGGCCUAAGCCUCAAAUUGAUACAGGUCUUGAAUUACCAUUGAACAUGAUGGCGGCACUUGCUAAGACGCAACGGAUUGACGAGUUUAAUGGCGGAGUUUUCAUCAAAGGGUUUUCGACUAUGCUAAUCCCCACUAACUUCAUCGAAGGCGUUAUUAUAUGGCAUUUGCAAUAUAGGGCUGAUGGAGAUCACAUCUCUUAUUUUGAUGCUUGCGUGCCUCACGCAUCGAUCAACACUUCUGACAUUGAGCAAUCUCGAAAUAUCGUUGGAUGGUGUUCGCAAGCAGACCUCUUCGCUGGAGCCAAUGAGGCCAAGUAUAACGUGCAAAGGUCAGGCCUGCCUAGGCCAACCGCAGACUGUGUGCUUCACAACAUUUCUAUAUCCGCCGGAAAAUAUAUAACCGGAGGCGUUAAUUUUGCGAUGGGUGUUAAAGACCAACCUAUCCAUCUAACAAGGGGAAGUUACACGCCAAAGCUUGAGUGGAUUCAUAAGAAGUUUGUUGUACUCUGGGAUGAAAGAUAUAAGCGUGGCUGGCUAGUCAAUGGCACAACCGCUUUACUACACCUUUCUCGAGCAGCUUUAAAGCGCAAACAAGAGAGUCCGUUCAGAUCUCUGCUGCUUUUCAAGCCUGGUUCCAUGGAAGAAGCCACUGAACGAUUA